AUGUGGACAGGAAUCGAUCGGUCGAUGCAAGACAAAUGCAGGUUAAAGAUUGCAAAUGGUUUUAUUUUUCAUAAUUUAUUAGACACAAUAUUAUGUAAAAUAAUUACUUAUUUAUUAUCAUGUUUGACACGAAUGAGUUAUUGGUUAACAAGUUUUAUAACAAUUGAACGAGUUUACGUGACGAAAUAUCCAACUGGUCAAUGGUUUAAAAAGCCAAUAAUAGCCAAACGUGUAAUUAUUAUUACAGUUCUAGGAGUUUUGGCAGCACACAUAUACGAACCAAUUUAUUAUCAUAUUGUAUCGGAUCCAAAAUAUACAGAAUUUGGUACAUGGUGUGUUAGUCAUUACAGUUCUUUUUGGUCUAUAUACAAUCAAAUUACCGUCUUUAUUCAUUAUGUAAUACCAUUUUUAAUUAAUUUUAUUUCAACGUUCAUACUCAUUAUAUUGAUUGCACAAAAUCGUUCAAGUGCCAUGCAAAACCAGACAAAAUUAAAAUUAGUUAAAAAAUAUUUUUAUGAACAUAAAGAUCGUUUUAUACCGUCCAUUACAAUUAUAUUAAGUUCAUUACCACAAUUAAUUAUUUCCUUUAGUUUAGCAUGUACAGGAUUAACAACAUCAUGGCUAAGAUAUCCGUUAAUAGUGGCUUAUUUUUUAUCAUAUACACCACAAAUUAUUGGUUAUUUCCUCUAUGUUGUAUCAUCACAAUUUUAUAGAUCCAAAUUGUAUGAAACAAAGUUAGGUAAAAUGUUAAAACCAAGAGAAACACGAGAAAACCUGGAAUCGUCAGUGGUAGCAAAGAAUACCGCAAAAAGCGAAAUAUGA